AUGGUGGCCGACUGGAAAUCCCGCGCCGCCGCAAAACGGGACGCCAUCUUAAAGUCCAUCCCGGACAAGUGGCGCCUGGAGAAGAUCCCCUCGGUCGAGGAGCAAAAGGACAUCACGGGACCUUACAUCCAGCAGUUCUUGACGGACCAAGAGAUCGAAAUCACCGAGGCCGACGCUGUCGGGAUCGCCGAGAAGGUCGCGGCAGGAACAUGGUCCGCCGUGUCUGUGACGGAGGCGUUUUGCCAUCGGGCGUCGUUGGCCCACCAGCUGGUCAACUGUCUACACGAGACGUUCUUCGACGCGGCUCUGGCCUCGGCGAAGGAGCUUGACGCGUACUACGCCAAACACAAGACGACCAUCGGCCCGCUGCACGGCGUUCCUGUGUCUCUGAAAGAUCAAUUCCACGUCAAGGACGUCGAGACCACCAUGGGCUACGUCGGGUGGCUCGACACGUUCGAAGGAGCCGCUGGCGACCCUCGCGCAAAGACGUUUGAGAGCGAGAUGGUCAAGGAACUCCGCGCUCUCGGGGCGGUCCUGUACUGCAAGACCAGCGUGCCGCACACACUCAUGUCCGGCGAGACGGUCAACAACAUCAUCGGCUAUACCUGGAACCCCAAGGACCGCUAUCUCUGUUCCGGCGGCAGCUCGGGCGGCGAGGGAGCAUUGAUAGGCCUGCGAGGCUCUCCGGGAGGAUUUGGCACCGACAUUGGUGGCUCGAUCCGCAUCCCAGCGGCGUUCAACGGUCUGUACGGCAUUCGUCCGAGUGCAGGGAGACUUCCGUACGAAGGCAUGGCCAACAGCAUGGACGGCCAGAACAGUGUCCUGUCGGUCGUCGGACCACUGGCCACCACGGCGCGAUCUGUGACACUCUUGACCAAAGCCAUCCUCUCGACGAAACCGUGGCUCCAAGACCCAUUGGUGGUCGACAUGCCCUGGCGCGACGCGGAGGAACAGGCCAUCGUGGACCUCGUCAAGUCGGCGUCUUCUCAGGGCCAGCUCAGCUUCGGGGUGUUAAAGACAGACGGCACCGUCAACCCGCAGCCGCCGGUCGCGCGCGCCGUGGAAAUGGUGGCCGAAGCACUCACCAAGGCAGGGCACAAGGUGAUUGAGUGGAAGCCCCCGUCGCACGCGAGGUUGUACGACAUUGUGUUCAAGACGUGGACCUACGACGGCGGCAAGGACGUGCACGAGGCGUUUGCGCUCUCCGGCGAGGCCAUGUCGCCGCAGAUCAAGAUGUCGUUCGGCGACAAGCCCGUGCAGGAAUUCACGGGUUCCCAGGUCGCCGCCAACAACGUGGCGAGGCGCAAGUUCCUCAAGGAGUACAUGGACUACUGGAACGCCACGGCGCAGGAGACCGGCACCGGCAGGCCCGUCGACGGCGUCGUCUGCCCCGUCGCCCCCUACGCGGCCGCCCGACCCGAAAAGUACCUGUACUACGGCUACACCACGUUCGUCAACGGCCUGGAUUACACGAGCGUCGUGGUGCCCGUGACGACCGCCGACAAGACCAAGGACCACUAUCCGCAGGGGUACUCGCCCAUCAAUGAUCUCGACAAGACGACCUUUGACGACUACGAUGCCGAAAUAUACGACGGUGCCCAUGUCAGCGUGCAGAUUGUCGGAAGGAGAUUUACUGAAGAGAAAAUGCUCGCCAUCGCCGAAUAUGUGGGCAGGCUCUUGGGAAAAUAG